GGGUUAACGUAUGUCUAUGGUAAUAACGACGCAGGAGCUCAAUGCUAAUGCUACUACCAAACGCACAUCUUCGAGUCUGGUCAACAUGGCUCCUUUUCCGGACGAGGUAGACGUUUUUACGGGCCCGCACUGGCGAAUGAAGCAGCUAGUGGAUAUUUAUUCCGAAAAGCUGUCAGAGACCAACUUCUCCAACAACAGCGACUUCCGCUCCUUCCUCAAGUCGUUACUUGCCACCUUCAAGGAGUUUAAAAUGCACGAGCAGAUCGAGAACGAGUACAUCAUCGGGCUGCUGGAACAGCGCUGCUGCACCGUUUACAACAUGCACUCCGACAACAAACUCUCCGACAUGCUGCUGCUUCUGGAGAAGGGCCUGCACAACGUCAAGAGCGAAUACGAACAGCUCAAUUACGCCCAGCAGCUGAAGGAGCGAUUGGAGGCUUUCACUCAGGACUUCCUGCCCCACAUGAAGGAGGAGGAAGAGGUGUUUCAGCCAAUGCUGAUGCAGCAUUUCAGCUACGAGGAGCUGAAGGCCAUCAAGAAGCAAGUGAUAGCGCAGCACCGCUGUCAGCGGCCGUGGGAGCGCGCCGCCGACGUGCUCAAAGGCUUCGGCUUGUGGAGCCGCGCCGAGGAGCUGCAGAAGGCCUUCAAAUACGCCGACCACGAGAAGAGCGACUACGAAGCAGAGCACGACGGAACCGGUUCGGUGCACGUCUCACAGCUUCCGGCCGAAGUGGUGGUGAGGAUCUUCCGCUUUUUGGGCCCGCAAGAUCUUUGCCGCUGCAGCCAAGUGUGCGCCUCCUGGUCGGAGCUGGCCAAAACCGGUUCCCUGUGGCGACACCUCUACCCCGUACGCUGGGCCAGAGGCGACUACUACGACGGCCCACCCGGAGAUUCGGACCAGGAGCCCGAUGAUGGCUGGCUGAAAAGUCGGGAGAAAGAAGCGCGCGCCUACCAGGACUGGGACGAGGACGCCGACAUCGACGAAUCCGACCAGCGCGACGACUCGCCGGCCAUCGGCGCCGCACAGCGGGAGAAGAGACUCCUCGACGGGAUGGUCCAGAACCUCCUCCCGGUCGUCGGACCGUCCGUCAAGUCCCUGGUGCUGGCCUACGGCUCCUCUGUCUCCAGCAAAAUGGUGCGUCAGAUGUUGAGUCUGUGUCCCAACUUGACGCAUCUGGACCUGACACAGACGGACGUCACCGAUUUCGCCUUUGACAGUUGGUCUUUCGUGGGUGCCUGCGCCUCGCUGGAGCACCUGGACUUGUCGGGCUGCGACCAAAUCACGGACCGCGCCCUGCAGAGACUCUCGCUGGGGUUGGGCGACCCCUGGCCGCCGCGCCGGCGCCGCCGCGCUCACCGAAGCGCGCCGGCCGACAUCGAGGACUCGGCGGCCGAGUGGACGCGGCGUCUGGAGACCCGGCUGCUGGACGCGGCGUGCCGGUGCCGGCGCGCCGACGCCGCCCUUUUGCGUCUUUGCGACGGCGCGCUCAGGACUAAUUGCCGCCGUUCGCAAACGGACACUAAACGCCGCGACGGCGGGACGAACCGGGCCGCGGCCGGGCGGCGGCUGGCUUUCCUCAGCCUGUCCGGAUGCUUCCGGGUCACGGACGCGGGACUCAGGGCCCUGUCGGAGGCGGGAGGACUCCCGGCGCUGGAGCACCUCAACCUGUCGGGGUGCCUGCGGGUGACGGAGGCGGGGCUCGGGCAGCUGGUGUCGGCGUGCCCCGCCCUCAACGACGAACACUUUUACUACUGCGACAACAUCAACGGUCCAAAAGCAGACACGGCGAGCGGAUGCCAGAACCUGCAAUGCGGAUUCCGAGCGUGCUGUCGCUCCGGAGAGUGACUCCGCCCCCUCCCUCGACCCCGCCUCCCCUUCUAUAAUUGCACUUUAUUCCACUGGGUGUCACCUCCAGUACGUUCCUACGUGAAAACUGUUAAAAAAAUGUCAAAAGUCCCCGUCUUUUCCUGUCGUCGACACUCCGCAUUAUUCAUUUCGGCGUUUAGAAGCAGCUUAGAAACACGAUCCAUCGUUCCGAAGGACGCCAGGAGGUUAAGUUACACCGACGAUUAAAAUAAAAAAUGGCAACGGUACAACGUGGACCAUUUUUGUUGUUGUUGUCAAGUGGAAAGACGGAAGAAAUAAAGUUCAUAUUUUGAGAAAGUCAACUGUUUUUUAUGUGAUUGACUGGGGAAGGAAACUGCAAUUCUUAAAACGUAUCAUUGCCGCCAUCUGGUGGUUAUUCACUGCCGGGCAAGUAGAAAUGCAAGAAUAUAAAGUGAAAAAUACAGUUUGUAGUGUUAAAAAUGUUGGGGGUUUUAAGCAGAUUUUCUUCAAUUUAUUUUGAAGGACAUCUAUCGCAGUGUUCAUUAAUGAACUGAAGUAAUAUUAAAAGCUGUCAAUAUGCCAAAUUUUUUAUAAACGGCUUUUUAAUGUUAUUCCAUGGGCUGCCAUUGAGGACAAUAGAUGUCUAUUUGGUUUGAGGUUAAUUUUUUUUUUUAGUUUUGAUAUAUAUUUACAUUUGUCAUUUUAAA